CAGAAACAUAAAUACUCGUAGCUAUCCAUUUUGAAAUUCUCAAAAGUUCCCUCCACUCUCUCUCUCUCACACACAUACAAACGCUGAUUCUCAGAGUUCAAUUUUCUAGAGAAAAUGUCGGCGUCAAAAUCAAGCGCAAGGAAAAGAGUUUCGGAGCCGCAAAUACCAAAAUCGGAGAGCAAAAGGCGAGCUAGCGCCGUCGAAGAUGAUUUCGAUGCUGAGAUCUCAGAUGAUAUCAAAGGGAUCAUGACGGCGUUAAAGCAGAUAAGAGAGAAGGCACAACAAGAAGGUCUGAAGAAGAAAGAAGAAACCAUCUCUAGCGUGACUUCAGAAGUCAAGUCAAAGAUCGAUGAGCUGAAAUUAAAACUUGAGAAAGACAGGCAAGGUUUUGCGAAGGCACUGUCCAAGAGCUCAAAAGAGUGUGAGAACCUGCUAAAGAAUGAAACUGCAAAGUUCCAAUCCAUUUAUGAGAAGUUCAACAAGGAGAAAGCUACACAUCUGCAGUCUCUCAGAGAUACUAUAUCCAAAUAUGAGGAGGAAAAGGAAAGACUAUUCAUGCGAUAUGAGCAAUUAAGGAAGAAAGAGAAGAGCAUGAUAUCUGAUCUUGAGCAAGACUCUAAAAAACGAAUUUCUGAACUAGAGGAGUCGCUGAAGAAAAAGAAGCAGGUUAACUUCUUUGAUGCACUUUAUCUCUGUCACACACUGCAUACAUUCUCAUACCGCCAAGUUAACCGUCCUCCUUUUUUGCUUGACAGGAUGAUAAAGCAUUCAGUUUUCUGAGAAAAACUCUUGGUUCGUUUCUGGAUAAUGCCUCAGAUGAGGACUUCCCACCUGAUGAUUGAAAGUCGUGAAGAUGUAUCUGCAGCUGAAAAUGACAGUUUCUAUCUCCUGAUGAUUGAAAGUCCCAAAUAUGGUCUGUGGAUACUGCCACUAGCAAUUAAUUUGAAUGUCUUAUAGUUUAUAUUAAAAUUUCUUCUUCCAAAGGUCUAGUAUGUGGUGAUCAAUAGCUUUUCUUAGUAGUUGGAUUAGUAACUCUCAUUUGCUGCAUUUUUAAUAUUACUGCUACAUCUACUAUCGCUGUUUAAACGUAGUAGGGCAGUCUAGUGUUGACUCUAAAUACUCAAUCGAGAUGUAGAAAUAAUAUAGAUGUUCUAACUUCUAAUUU